UGGUGUUACGUGAAGUGCUACCGUGUUGCUAUGGUUGCUAGAAAGUGAAAAGAUCAUCAAGCGACAGUUGAAGUCGUCCAUGGACUGAUAAGCCAGCCAGCUAGAUAGUACCAACAAGAUCAGAGAGAAAUUGUUAAAUCGAGAGACCGACUUGUCUUCACAUCAAUUCGACUUUAAAAAGGACUGCCAGUAUAAUGUUUUAUUCAAGUUCAUGGUCCAAGUGCUUGAUAUGCCUUAUCUUUAUAACAAGUGGAAAUGGUGAGUAAAUUUUUAGCCAUGGUAACGUUAACAUGGUAGCUUACUGUACAGUAAACGUUUGCUAGCUAACGUUAAUACGUUUUAGCCGUAUGUUUCGGUUACAAAUAGACACUUUUCUAACUUGAACUGGCCAACGUAACUCUCACUGUGUGUGUAGUUGACAUAUUGUACUGUAUCAUAUCCUCACAGCUGAGUGUCCCAAACCUCAAGUAGAGGGAAAUUUUGUUCUAACGAAUGAUGCGCUCUUAAAAAACGAUUUUCCGGAGGGCACGGAAGCCACUUUUGAGUGUGCCAACGGCUACUUGAAAGAGCAAGGAUCUGAAAGGAUCACCUGCACAAGUGGAGAGUGGAGCACGCUCGAAUUAACCUGCAAAAGUAGGCGGCAAAACACUAGUCCUCUUCUCUAUUUUUCUGUCAAGCCCGAUUUUUAUUGCGUGUUUACUGUUGUUUGAUUGUUUGCUGCUGCCAUUAAUUUAGCUCGCUGAUUAUUCAUUUCAGAGAAGGACUGUGGUGCCCCCAGGAAGAUAGCACAUUUGACUUAUGAGUUUGGUGAGGAAGGCACACUUUUUGGUGCAUCAGCAAAGGCAAUCUGUGAUAAAGGGUGAGUAUGCUUCAUCAUGUAUCUAAUGUAUCAUCAGCGUAUGUGGGAAUUAUUUUGCCAAAAGAUUCAAUGCCAGAGGCUGGUAACUCUAAUGAACUUAUCCUCUGCAGCAGAGGUAACUCUGGGUCUUCCAUUCCUGUGGCAGUCCUCAUGAGAGCCAGUUUCAUCAUAGCGCUUGAUGGUUUUUGCAACUGCACUUGAAGAAACGUUCAAAGUUCUUGAAAUGUUCCAUAUUGACUGACCUUCAUGUCUUAAAGUAAUGAUGGACUGUUGUUUCUCUUUGCUUAUUUGAGCUGUUCUUGCCAUAAUAUGGACUUAGCCCUAUUUGGUAAAAUACCAUAUUCUGUACCCCCCCCCCCCCCCCCCCCCCCCCACCUUGUCACAACACAACUGAUUGGCUCAAAUGCAUUAAGAAGGAAAGAAAUUCAACAAAUUAACUUUUAAGAAGGCACACCUGUUAAUUGAAAUGCAUUCUAGGUGACUACCUCCUGAAGCUGGUUGAGAGAAUGCCAAGAGUGUGCAAAGCUGUCAUCAAGGCAAAGGGUGGCUAUUUGAUGAAUCUCAAAUCUAAAAUAUAUUUUGAUUUGUUUAACACCUUUUUGCUUACUACAUUAUUCCAUAUGUGUUAUACAUGUUACAAUGUUACAUGUUACAAUGUAGAAAAUAGUAAAUAUAAAGAAAAACCCUAGAAUGAGUAGGUGUGUCCAAACUUUUGACUGGUACUGUACAUAUACACUAGAUGGCUGAUGAGGGGUGCUGUGUUGAAGUCACCGUGCCUCCAUCUUGGCACUCCCCCACCACUGUAAAAAAUAUUUUGGAAGCUAUAGAAAUUCAUUUAUUAAAGAUGAACUGAAACAUUUUAGUAAGUUAAGGCCAUUUUGAUAACCAAAUGUGAUAAAGAAGCAUGUUCCUACCCUUAAAACUGCUGAAAGAUUGUGAAAUCCCUGAGCGGUUUCCUACCUCCUCUACCAAUAGGUGCCCUUCUUUGCGAACCCUGGUCUUUGUUGUUGAAUCUGUGCUUAAAAUUCACUGCUCGACUGAGGGACCUAUUGGUGGGGUAGUCAUUUAAAAAUAAUUUGUUAAGCAAAUUUGUACUCCUGAACUUAUUUAGGCUUGCCAUAACAAAAGGGUUGAAUGCAUAUUGUGUCAAGACAUUUCAGCUUUUUCGUUUUUAAUUAAUUUACAAAUGUUUCUAAAAACAUAAUUCCACUUUGACAUUAUGGGGUAUUGUGUCUAGAUCAGUGACUCAAAAUCUCAAUUUAAUCCAUUUUAAAUUCAGGCUGUAGCACAACAAAAUGUGGAAAAGGUCAAGGGGUGUGAAUACUUUCUGAAGGCACUGUACUAUAGAACUGCAUUCAUUCCUAUGGAGGACUGCUCCUACUGGGGAGUGCAAAUAUGGCUGACCUUAGGCUUCAAAGCCUCUCAAUGGCCAAUAGAUGGCAUCAGCAAUCCAGGGUUUAUAUAUAUCAUUGACCACCUCUCACAUGCUCUCUCCCCCUCUUCUAGUUAUCAACUUAUGGGCUCAAGUUACAGGCAAUGUUAUGCCAACGGUUGGAGUGGGAGACCAAGAUGUGAAGGUAAAUCUCCCAUAUUUGCCAUUGACACACUUGGAAAUCUAUGCAUGACUCCCUGUCAAAGCAUGACUCCUUGUCAAAAUAAAUGUUAAAUAAAAUACAAAUAAGGCAUAGAACUUGUUUGAAUAAAGAACACAAAUAUAAUGCACCCAUGUAUGUGUCUUCCUCAGUGGUAACUUGUGAAAAACCUAUUGAGAUAAAGAAUGGCACGAUCACAGAGCAGCCUGACAAAGAGUUUCCAGAGUAUGGUGGUGUCAUACAGUACUCCUGUGAUGAAGGUUACACCCUCAUUGGAAACAAAUCCAUUGAGUGCAAUGAAGAUGGUGAAUACAACUCAGUCCCUCCUGAAUGUAAAGGUAUGGAUUCCAUUUAUGUUUGAUAAAUUAUCUGCCAACUGUUAUGGGUUAUAUGCUUUACAGAGGAUACAUAAUAAACAGUUGAAGUUAAUCAAUUUGGUGUAGGUCCACCUUCACCCUACAUCUAGACACUGCAGGCAUGUAUCAGACUAUGAUAAGGAACAUUGUCAUUGAUCUUCCUUCUGUAAAUCCCUGUCAGUGUAAUAUGUAACAGUGGUGUACACUUAUUACAAAUGAAAGCACUGCAUGAAGGUGCAAUACUGAAUAAGCAUUGUACAUUUAUAUUUCAAAGAUGGCAAUGACAUUCCUUUGAAACCAACAACAACUAUAUCAACAACAUCAAUAACAACAACAACAACAUCGACUGUUCCACCCAUAAUACGAGGUAGAGGAAAUCCAAGUAAUUCUAUCCCAGUGUAAUCAAGGGCUUGAUAAAUAGUUGAAUUUGGUAUUUGCAGUUUCAGGGAGUAACAGUGGUGUACACUUAUUAAAAAUGAAAGCACUGCAUGAAGGUGCAAUACUGAGUAAGCAUUGUACAUUUAUAUUUCAUAGAUGUCGAUGACAUUCCUUUGAAACCAACAACAACUAUAUCAACAACAUCAAUAACAACAACAACAACAUCGACUGUUCCACCCAUAAUACGAGGUAGAGGAAAUCCAAGUAAUUCUAUCCCAGUGUAAUCAAGGGCUUGAUAAUUAGUUGAAUUUGGUAUUUGCAGUUUCAGGGAGGAAUAAUGGCAUUGGUGAACAUGACACCAAUGCAGCUACUGGUGAGUUAAGUUGAUUCAAGUGAUUAUUAUUUGAUUAUUAUUUUGACACAGAUUUUUAUAGCUCAUAUUUGACAAAACAACACUGAAUCUCUCUUUCAGGGAAUGCAGCAGUUGUGGGAAGUGUGAUCGGCACUGUCAUAGGUAAGAAAUCCAUCAUUUGAAAUAAUCACAAGUGAGAGGGGGGAUAUUUGUUUCUCAUACACUUUUUGAUGAAGAAGCUGUUGAGUUCAAGGAUAUGUUCUAACUAAACUGGAUACUUUGUUUUAUACUGUACUGGGGAAAACAUUCCCAUCUGUGGCCCAUCAGGAAUUUCCUCCACAUUACUUGAUUUGUUACACUAGUAGGCCUAGUACAACUUCUGACUUUCCAAUGUUACCAUGUUUAUCAGAUGUGUUACACUUUCUCUUAACAAUUUGAAGAUCAUACAGUGGACUCAUUAUUGAUUCCUCAUCUUUUGCAGUUACACUUAUUGUGCUGUUCACACUAUAUCGUUUUUAUAAGAGGAAAGGGUGAGAACCUACAUUUAAUCAUUUAUCUUUUAGAAAAUAGUCCAUGAUUUAAGCAUGAUUUCACCUACAACUAAAUCACAGCUAUUCUUUUCCUCCUACUAACUAUACUGUAUGUGCAUUAACCACAGCUUCUGGCAACUGAAUUUACACCGUCAUUAAACCAACAAAUUAUUUGGAUAAACUAGCCAUACAGCUUGCCAAUUAAUUGACCUAAACAAUAUUUGUUAACAAAACUUUACUUACAUAACCCAUCAACUAACAUUCAGUCUGGCCAUGGGCAUUUAUACUGUAUUUAUGUAUUCCCUACAGUAUCCGUGAUUUGCAUGAUCAAACUUUUUGCUGGAUAUUUCUCCAACUUGCUGCUGUACAGCGAUGGUUGCUUUUCCCUGUUUUGGCCAAUUUUUCCUGCUGGGUGUUGAAAAAUCAAGGAAGUCAGGAAAUCCUUUGCUAAGGCACUCUCGGACAGACAUAUUGGCUUUGAAAAAGAGAAUGGAGUAUGUUGUUCUAAAGGGAGGUGGGCUAGUAGGCUAGGCCUACCAUGCACAGUGCUGAGCUGACCAGCUGACUAACUGCCUACCACACUGGAACACAAAAGCUACCCAACUAAACACUACUAAGAUACUGAGAUUGGCAUGUAGAAUAUAUUUCCUUACUGCACUAUUAUUUAUAUGUAAACAUGAUAAUCCUGACAAAAUGUCAUUGUUUGAAAUUGUUACAUAGCUCAUACCAGACGGGAGAAGACCCAAGUCGAAAAGAGGAGUUAUUACAAUUUAAAAAUAACUAAGUUGAAUGCCUACCCAAGGUACCUACCGUUCAUACAUAUCAUUAUAUUAAACCCAUUAUUCAAAAAUAUGUCCCCAGUCUUUUAACCAAAAUCUCACUCAUAUGACUAUAGAGUUUGUGGUUGUCUUUGAGUUUGAGUAAUCUAAAUAGUGACACUAUUGUUAAAACUGCUGCAUUGAGUCAAUGCUUUGUCUAAAAUAUCUAAUUUCUUUCCAGGGCUAGGACUGCUCCUAUCUGCUAGUCUGCAUCUGUAGCCUUGAAAAGAAGUGCCAGUGCCCAGCAGAUUGUUUCUCUGACCAUUUCCUGGUUGGACAAAGCCACUUAAUCUACAGUGCCCUUUACGCAUGUGGCAUUACUGAAUGGAAGGUAUAAUUGCACUUUUUUAUGAAGUUAUAUGAAAUCGUUUUUGAAAGUCACUUCAGCGGAAAUGUUUUAACCCAAUGUUCAAAAUGCGGUAUUAUUUUUUAUGUAUUUAUAUAGAAAACUGGAAUAUGCGUAAUUGUCUUUUCAACUACCAUGUUUGACUACAGAUUGCUAGCUUGCUCUGUUGUGUGGGCAGAAGCCCCUGUAAUAAGAUGAAUGCACUAAACAAAAUUUAUGAUUGAGAAAAUUCCCAGGCUGAUAAUCACUGACCAUUCCUAAAAGUGUGCUUACUGAUCGUGGCUCACAUGAAAAUAACAAUAAGGGACGGUUUCCUGGACCCAGGUUAAGUCUACUGUAUUCCUUUUCAAGUAGGCUUAAUCUGGGUCUGGCAAAGCAGCUCUUCAUGUUAAUUUCCUGCAGCCCCAAAUGUCACAAAAUAAUGUCAAUCUUAUAUAUGUAGAGGUUUUGUACUUUGAUUUUAUAGUGUGUAUUGUGUAAUUUAAGAGAUCAAAUCAUUUUAUGAUAACUGCCUUUUCUCCUUCUUUGAGACACAUUUGUGUAAAUAUGAAAGUAUGUACAUUGUCAAAAAUCAGUGUUUGGUAGGUUAGUUUGUAAAUGUUACUAUACUAUAUCCCAGAAAUGUUCCAUAUGCACAAAAAGCUUAUUUCUCUCAAAUGUUGUGCAUCAAUUUGUUUAUA